AUGGCAUUCAAGGGGGAAAUCGCAGAGUUAGAUGAGAAUCAAUUGACGGCCGACAGUGGCGAGCUUUACUUAUUUCAGUGGUUGUCGAAUCUGGAGAGAAGUCUCAAAAAUGCGAGCGCCGAAACGCUCAAGGAGACGCAAGCCUCGGUAGAAGCCACAUUACUGAAAGUCCUUAUACCUUCGGAGCCAUACCCUUCUCCUGGUCGGCCGCUUCGAAAUCUAGCUGCAAGAUGCCUUCUAGUCUUGUAUCAUCGUGGAGAAUCCAGGUCAUUAUUUGACACGCUAAGGGUGUUGCUCAAGCCGGCCUCUGACAUCAAAGCCACGGAUAAGGACUCGACUCGAAUCGCCGCAUUUUGGACGAUUGGAGAGUUGAUGGAGGCCUUCGGCUCCCAGUUCAUGUCCUUUAUGGCUGAAACGGCCACUAUCGCCAUAAAAACAUUGAGGUCAUCUGCGUCACCGCAUGUCCGAUAUCACGCGCUCACUAUGCUCCGGAAAACCCUGGUUUCAGCUAAGAAGGCUUUGAGCGACUCUCUCGCAAAGGACAUAAUCAAGCAAAUGAAGAACGGUUUAACUGAUAAAGCUCUCCCCGUCCAGCGAGCUGCUGCUGCUGUCUUAGCGAUCGUGUAUACCCCCGAAGAUUCCGUCACGCUCGCAGAUGUGGAGUCGAUCAUGAACAUUUGCGUUAAAAGCCUUGAAAACAGUGACCAGGUGACAACGCAAUCGCUGGCGCAGCUAGUGGGACAUAUGCUCGCAGGCACCCAGAUGGAACGUGCCGUGGCAGUCGCAGAGCAGUCACAAAAAGGCAAGAAGGAACAAGAAGACUCCGAUAUGUCUACUCCUGCACAUAUCGCAGCCGAAAACACCAAAGUCCUUUUGACGCCAGGAGAUAUGCUAUCACAAAUCUCCACUCAGUUUAACAAAGCUCACAGCCGCAAAACCCGUGCGGGAAUCUUCAUGUUUUACGUCACACUGUUGGCAAAACUCGGGCCAGUAUUUGUGGAAGCCAACUAUUCUCUGCUCGCUGGUCACCUCAUGACCGAGAUCGUCUCCUAUCCAAAGAAUGGAGCCACGAGAUAUGACAAACUCUUCAUUCGGAAACUAGUCGGCGCUCUUUUACGAGAGCUAAUAGCAGUACGAAUGCUGACCGAGCAGGGACAAAUAGCUGCAAUUCAAGAUCUUUCCUCGUCAUACUUGAAAAGAUGGCCAGCAUUAAUGCCGGGGCAGGUGGCUCCAUCUUCAGCUAUCCUUACAAUAGCACUAGAGGAGGUUGCAGGUCUGUUGCAACAACUAGGGAAUGCACCUCCGCCGGUUCAGGACGCUGUCUCUGUACCGUUGAUGACGCUGCUUACGCAUCCAAGUCACUCGGUUCGUGUCAAUGCGAGUUGGACUCUCCGUUGCUUCUGCUAUUCUACCCCUCUCCGUUUACCGAAGGCAAUAUUGGCGAUCACGGAGUCUUUACAACGCGACAUCGAAUCCCUUCAAUCUCCUGCAGCUCCUUCGGACAUCGAUCGUCGGACACUUGGUCAUUCAUAUGGUUUGGCGGCUCUCAUCGCCAUUGUGCCACACCGCCCCCUAUAUGUGUCUUUUGACGUGUCAGCCAGCGUUCUUGACACUGCCACUCAACUCCUUAAGCGCGUUAGUGAUCAUGAUGUUCAUGUCGCAGGGGUAGAGGUUGAAGUUGCCUGGACGUUGAUUGCGUCGCUGAUGCUGCUUGGACCAAAUUUUGUCCGGUCACAUCUACCUCAGCUACUGGUACUUUGGCGUAAUGCAUUACCGAAACCUACUGCGAAAGACAACGUUUCAGGCCGGUCAGCUGCCGAGUGGAAGUUUCUCUUGCAUGUCCGCGAAAGUGCGCUUGGGGCAAUCCUUUGUUUUUUGCUUCACAAUAGCCAACUCACCACUCUUGACGUCGCCCGGAGAAUCUCAUCUCUGCUUGGAAACGCCCUCUCAUUUUCAAAUGUGUUCUUGUCACAGACUAUUGAAGAAGUUUCCGGACCCUCGAUAAUUGAAGAUACUGGACCAUCUAUUCGAACUCGCGAGGCUUCUCUUCGACGUAGAGCAUAUCAAUGCUUCUCCGCUCUUGGAACUUCCACUUUGACGGAUUCUGUCCAAUCAAGCUUAUUGCAGGCCGUCCUUGCUGUUUUCGCAGGUCCCGAUAUUGAUAACAUAUCUGCAAUGCAAGCCUCAAUUGCGUCUACUUCCGGCAGUUUCACUUCAAUCUGGCAGAUGACAGAUGGUUAUGCAUAUGGACUCACUACACUCGAAAUAUCCGAAGACGGGGUCGACCAAAGCACAACGUCUGAAAAAGAGGAAAGCCGGUCUUUUAAUGCCCCACCACCCGUGUCGUCGGUCUGUGACGCCGCCAUCGAACUGUUCUCUCAGUUGUUGCCAGCCCAAGAUUUGAGCACUACCCUGCGCAUAAUCAAUCACUUGAUAGAGUCCAAUCGGUCUCCGAAGCUCGACAAGAAUGCUGGGAGGAGAGCUGCCGUAAUGCUGAAUAGUGUUGUGGCCAUCGUACGAACAUUGCGUGUCUCCAUGAUCUCGCAUCAUCGUCAAUCAAAGGACACUCUUGGGCACUCUCAAGUCACUUCAGCUCUUGGAGCAUUCUUGAAAGAUGCUCUUGUGGAUGGCGACCCCGCCCUAAGAUCUGCUAGCAGCGAGGCCAUUGGGCGCAUUGCUAAUAUAUCUGGAAGCUCCUUCUUGACGAGUCAAACCAAGGUAUUGGUCGAUCACAUUGUAAGCAACCGCGACCCCCAAGGACGAGCUGGUUGUGCGCUUGCAUUCGGGUCCCUAUACAGCCAUGUCGGUGGACUCGCGGCAGCUCCUAUUUUAAAAACAACUGUGAACCUUCUCAUGUCAUUGAGCAAUGAUUCCCAUCCGUUGGUCCACUUCUGGUCCCUCCGCGCAUUGGGACAUGUCAUUAAUGCCGCUAGUUUGGCCUUCGCUCCAUUCGUGUCAAGCACUCUUGGAAUGCUGCUCAAAAUAUACCUGUCGGACACUCACGAAGCCGAGGGAGGAACACUGAACAACGCCAAUAUUGGUGGUGACUUGCAAGCUUACCCCCUUGUCUGCUAUAUUCUGGAUGCAAUCAUCACUAUUCUUGGCCCUGACGUUCAUGACUCUCCAAGGACGAGAAAAAUUGUACUUGACCUUGUCCACGAAUUUUCGGUGGAAGAUGAUGAACCCAUCCUAGUGGAAGCUAUAAGGUGCAUCCAGCAUCUCCUCAUGUUUGCUCCCGAGCAUGUGGACGUCCCCGAGAUUGUGAAUCGUUUCAGAAGACACCUUAAUUCACCUAGAAGAUGCCUCAAACUCGCAGCAAUUGAUGCCCUUUAUCAAUUGGUUCAGAAAGACGCUCUAGCAAUGUCUCGAUUAGGUGGAGAUCGCCUCGUGGAGGAUUUGUUUGGAAUGCUGGACGGUGACCCAUCGAUCGAUGGAGUCAGAAACGUAAUUUCAAGCUGGCUACUUCAGACAGCGAUUCACAAUCCAUCCGCUUGGAUUGACCUUUGCCAGAGGAUCAUGUUGCGCAUAAAUGCCUCCCAGAAAGUGGUCGAUACAGCCAACAGCCUCAUGGAUGACGAAGGUCAAUCGUUGAGUGCAUCCAUGUCAAACGAUGACACACGGCAAGGCAACAUAGCCUUGGUUGCUACGUCACGUUGGAGGACGCAACUAUUUGCACUGCGAUGUUUGCAUGAAAUCUGCACACUAGUUGCACGCUUCGGACGCAGAGAGCACAUCGACAUACCUUUCGCUCGUAGCCACGGCAUUCCAGUGAACGGCCUCCUUGUAUCUCGUGUCCCAGAUUUGAUCAAAAUGGCCUUCACAGCAUCUGCGGCAUAUGUCACAGAGAUACGACUAGAAGGAUUGGUCGUAUUACGCGAUGUCAUCCAGGUGUUUUGCCAGGCCCCAGAUCCUGACUAUCCAGACGCUCUCUUGCUUGAGCAACAUCAAGCACCUAUCACAGCUGCACUUACUCCCGCUUUCUCUCCAGAUUCCACUCCUGAAAUUCUGUCUUCUGCCAUCGAUGCCUGUGCAGUAUUUGUUGGCUGUGGCGUUGUCAAAGAUGUGAGUCGAAUGGGGAGAAUUCUCAGACAACUUACAACAGCACUCGGAGAGGUUGACGAAUCUGGCAACUUAACUAUGGGCAAUUUUGUGGACUUGAGCCCAAAUGCAUCAGGCAUGCUGAGGGUUUCUAUCCUCUCCGCAUGGGCUCGCCUGGAAAUUGCUAGUUCUGAGCAGACGUACCUUCUGGAUGUCAUCAAACCAUACAGAUCGAUCUUGGCACCGCAAUGGAUUGCGAGCCUUCGCGAUUAUGCUAUCAUCCGGGCGGAUUCCGAAUUCAUACACGAUGCGUCAGCGGUGGCUUUAGACCCGUCGUAUGCAAGCCUCGGUAAAGUAGUUCUACUCCCAUACUACGCUUCUUCCUGGGCAACGAUCCUACAAGCUGUUGCGAACGCCAUGAAUUGCUCCGAUCAAUACAUUUCAGCUGCCAUCCUUGGGAAGGAGGUGGGGUCAUCUGUUAAUGGUAUCGACUCCGCAGUAGAAGGGCCAGCACCCCUUUUCUUCCCCCUUUUUGGCCUUAUAUAUGAAUCACUCGCGACGUCCUCACCAGACACCAGCUCACGAGUUGACACAAUGAUUGCCUGCCUGGGAGCACUGAAAUGCCUUCUUGAUCCUCGCUAUUCAGGGAAAGCCCUUUUGGAGCCUACUAUCUUUCAAGAAUUCAUGAGUCUUAGUCAUCGAAUGGCUAUGACAGAAUCUGCAGAGGUACUCAUUCACUUGAUCACUGUCCUGACCACUUUUGCCAAACACUUCGGCCAAUAUGUACCCGGAGCCAUUCCUCCGGAUUCGGUUCGCAUUCAUUGUCUCAAGAUUUUUGCCUACACCCUUCGACAUUCUCGUCACAAUCCAAGAACAACGUCGAUCCAAGGCGAUCUGCCUGAUAUUGCAAAGAUGAUUUCUGGCUCCCUGGGUGCCUUCCACCUCAUUGCCUCAACAACAGAAUCUGUUAUUCGAGAGGAUGUACGGGGAAUAGGCUGCGUGCUCUAUGGCGAACUGCUGAAAGAUGAAACAUCGGAAGCGGAUUUGGUGACUCCCACUCUUCCGGCUUUCAGAUCCUUGUUGGCAGUUUCAUGCCAUCCUAGUAUCCACGAACGUUACGGGAAGCUCAUCCACGGCUUAUUGUCUUCGUGUCUUUUGAACGUGGAUGAAAUGAGGGGACGCGAAGGUUUGAUUUCGUCGAGAAAAGUCAAAACGAACCUUCUCGCGGCGGUGCUCAUCUUGACCGUCAUUCCUCCACAAGUGGCGGUUGCUCGUGAUGUGGUGGAGCACCUGUUCUUCCUUAUAUCUCAGAAGCUUGAAGAAGGCGACCAGAUGGCUAUUGUGGCUGUUCACUGCGCCAAAACCCUUGCAAUCGCUGCGUCUGGAAGCGAACUUCUUCGAGCCUGCGUUCGGCUGCUUCUUCCCGCACUAAUCCAAUAUGUUGCCAAAAUGGUACCUCGAGUAGAUGAUGGAACGGUGUCAGAACAGCAGGCCAUCUCGAUAGACGAGGUUUGGAAAACAUUUGCGACGCUCGUCUUACUAGCCAAAGACGAACAACGUUCCCGUCUCUUGAGUGUCCUGCUACCAACAAUCACAUUACUUCUACGCCCAUCUCAGAUGCCUCCAUCGACAAUACACUCUAGUGGCGUAACACACUUGCUUUCCCUGGCAGCUAGCUCGCCCGCGUCCUUCAAGGAGGCCACUACUCAGCUGGACCCCUCUGUGCGGGAAGUACUUGAGAUGUCGAUUCGGAAGGCUGUCGAAGGUGCAGCGGGCCCAGUGCAGCAGAGUAUGAAGCCGCAGAUCUCUCUGAGGUCAUUUUGA